AUGUCGAAGAUGUUAAAGAAAAAAACAGAGAAAAGAGUCACUUCUCAGACACGGUUGCCCAUCUUACCGCCAGUGCCGUACCAGCCACUGGACGUCAACUGCAUGCCGGUGCAACGGCUCGCUAAACGAACGCUAUGUUUUCAGCGCGCGUGGUUCGAUAGCUUUCCAUGGCUCCACUUUGACGCUAACGUUAGCGGAGUACUCUGCUUUACUUGUGCUAAAGCAGCAUGCAUGGACUUGGCCGGCAUGGCGCGGUAUUCAGAGGACACAUUUGUUUCCAAGGGAUUUUGCAACUGGAAGAAGGCAAUUGAGAAAUUCAAAAUCCACGAAAAGACAUCUGCACAUAUGAUUUCUCAUAGCAACCUGAAAUUCCGGUCUUCCAACAACGACGUUGACGCACAGUUAAGUACGCACCAUCUUGAAGAACAAACGAAGGCGCGCAACGCUCUGCUGAAGAUUGUGACGACCGUCCAGUAUCUACCGCAGCAGGGACUGGCAAUACGCGGCAAACAGUCAAGCGACGGUAACUUCAUGAAGUUGUUAGAGCUGCGGAGCAACGAUGACGUCGUGUUACAGAGGUGGUUGACACGCACAACUUCAUACACAAGCGUUGCCGUGCAAAACCAACUGUUAAAAAUCAUGGCACACAUGGUGCUGCGAAAUAUUUGCAAGAACGUGGGCCUUUUUGCAGUCAUUGUCGACGGAACCCAAGACAUCCAAGGCGUUGAACAGGAGGCAAUAUGCGUGCGAUAUAUAGACGACGCUUACGACGUUCACGAGGACUUUAUCGGUCUGUACAGCGUAUCUGAGAUGACUGGUGCCAGCCUCAGCAAUAUGCUGCAAGACGCGUUGCUCAGACUCAACCUCCCAAUCACGCAUCUGAGAGCGCAAACGUAUGACGGAGCCAGCAAUAUGUCGGGCAAAUACCAAAGCUGCCAAGCACUGAUCAAGAAAGUACAACCACUGGCAAACUACACGCAUUGCGGUGCACACAUCACGCACCUCAUCUGUGCGAAGGCCAUCGAGAGUGCACCGUUCCUUCGCGAUGCUCUUAACGUGGUGCAGGAACUGGGCGGCUUCUACAACUCAUCAGGCAAAUUUAAAAAAUUUGUAUCUCGAUCUGCAAGUUAUGGAUGA